AUGACCUCGGAGAGGGACUCGGAGACCACCUUUGAGGAGGAUUCUCAGCCUAACGAUGAGGUGAUGCCCUACAGUGACGAUGAAACAGAGGAGGAACUGGACACUCAGCAGCCUGGGGCCGGACCGGGCCAGCCCCACGGCAACAGGGACACACAGGAGAGCAGGGACACCUUGAGGAAAGACUGCAGCUGGCAGGUGAAAGCAAACGACCACCACUUCUACCAGCAGCCCCAGUUCAAGAGAACAAUAUUCCUGUGCUUCAAGAGAAGCAAAUACAAAGGAAAUGCCAUCAAGACCUACAAGUACAACCCAAUCACGUUUGUACCCCUGAAUCUCUUUGAGCAGUUCAAGAGAGCAGCCAACUUCUACUUCCUUGUUCUUCUCAUAUUGCAGUCAAUUCCCCAGAUAACAACCCUGUCGUGGUACACAACACUGGUGCCCUUACUCCUGGUGCUGGGGAUAACUGCAGUCAAAGACCUGGUGGAUGACAUAGCUCGCCACAGGAUGGACAAUGAGGUGAAUAACAGGAGAUGUGAAGUCAUCAGGGAUGGAAGGUUCAAGAGCACAAAAUGGAAAGAUAUCAAAGUUGGGGAUAUCCUUCGUCUGAAGAAGAACACUUUUGUUCCUGCUGAUAUUUUGCUGUUAUCCAGCUCGGAACCAAACAGCCUGUGCUAUGUAGAGACAGCCGAGCUAGAUGGGGAAACCAACUUGAAAUUUAAGAUGGCACUGGAGGUAACACACAGAUACCUGCAGGAGGAAGGUGCAAUGGCAAACUUUGAUGGUCUGGUUGAAUGUGAGGAACCAAACAACAGACUGGAUAAGUUUGCAGGCACUUUGUUCUGGAGGAACACAAGUUAUUCCCUGGAUGCUGAUAAGAUCCUACUACGUGGAUGUAAGAUCAGAAAUACAGACUUCUGCCACGGCAUGGUCAUAUAUGCAGGUGCUGACACAAAAAUAAUGAAGAACAGUGGAAAGACCAGAUUCAAGAGGACCAAAAUUGACUCCCUGAUGAACUACAUGGUUUAUACUAUCUUCAUUGUCCUCAUCCUGCUGUCAGCUGGCCUUGCCAUUGGCCACACGUACUGGGAGCAGCAGGUUGGCAACUCAUCCUGGUACCUCUAUGAUGCUGAAGACUUCAGUCCUCCCUAUCGAGGCUUCCUGAACUUCUGGGGCUACAUCAUUGUCCUCAACACCAUGGUGCCCAUUUCCCUCUAUGUGAGUGUGGAAGUGAUCCGGUUUGGCCAAAGCUACUUCAUCAACUGGGACCUGCAGAUGUAUUACCCUGAGAAGGACACUGCAGCCAAGGCCAGAACCACCACCCUCAACGAGCAGCUGGGGCAGAUCCACUACAUCUUCUCUGACAAGACAGGAACCCUGACGCAGAACAUCAUGACCUUCAAGAAGUGUUGCAUAAAUGGCCAGAGAUAUGGAGACUGCCGGGAUGGAGCAGGGCAGCUCCAGAGCCACCCAGAGCAAGUGGAUUUCAGCUGGAAUGUGUAUGCAGAUGGGAAGUUCUCCUUCUAUGAUCACUACCUGAUAGAGCAGAUAAAAGGUGGCAAGGACCCCGAAAUACACAAGUUCUUCUUUCUGCUUGCCAUUUGCCACACUGUCAUGGUUGACAUCUCUGAUGGUCAGCUCAACUACCAGGCAGCUUCUCCAGAUGAAGGGGCCCUGGUUACAGCAGCCAGGAACUUUGGCUACGUGUUCCUAUCCCGCACACAGAACACCAUCACUCUGAGUGAACUGGGCACAGAGAGGACAUACGAUGUCCUUGCUAUCCUGGACUUCAACAGUGACAGGAAGAGGAUGUCUGUCAUUGUGAGAGAAUCAGGAGGAAACAUCAGGUUAUACUGUAAAGGGGCUGACACAGUCAUCUAUGAACGCCUGCACCCGAGGAACCCCAAGAGAGAAGCCACAGAAGAAGCACUGGAUGUAUUUGCCAGUGAAACCCUGAGGACCCUCUGCCUGUGCUACAGAGACAUCACCCCUGAGGAGUUUGAAGCCUGGAAUAAGAAGUUCCUGGAGGCCAGUGUGGCCACCACAAACCGUGAUGAAGCUCUGGACAAAGUGUAUGAGGAAAUAGAAAAGAACCUGCUUCUGCUUGGAGCAACGGCUAUUGAAGACAAGCUACAGGAUGGAGUUCCCGAGACUAUCUCCAGGCUUUCCAAAGCAGGCAUUAAAAUCUGGGUGCUCACUGGUGACAAAAAAGAAACUGCUGAAAACAUUGGAUUUUCGUGUGAGCUCUUGACAGAUGAAACCACCAUCUGCUACGGAGAAGACACCAGUGCUCUUCUUCAAACAAGGCUGGAAAACCAGAGGAACAGAGCUGGAUCCAGUGCACAUUCCUCACUGGGAAUGAAUGAGCCCUUCUUCCAAGGCAGUAGGGAUCGUGCUUUGAUAAUCACUGGCUCCUGGUUGAAUGAAAUCCUGCUGGAAAAGAAGAAGAAGAAGAAGAAGAAGCUGAAGCUGAAGCUCCCCAGGACAGCAGAAGAGGAAAAGAAGCAGAGGGAGAAGAGACACAGGGCUGAGGCUUACAAAGAGCAGCAGCAGCAGAACUUUGUGGACCUGGCCUGUGAGUGCAAGGCUGUGAUCUGCUGCCGGGUGACUCCAAAGCAGAAGGCCAUGGUGGUGGAGCUGGUGAAGAAGUACAAGAAGGCUAUCACGCUGGCUAUUGGGGACGGUGCCAAUGAUGUCAACAUGAUCAAAACUGCUCACAUUGGAGUUGGGAUCAGUGGCCAGGAAGGGAUGCAAGCUGUCAUGUCCAGUGACUACUCCUUCGGGCAGUUCCGCUACCUCCAGAGGCUGCUGCUGGUCCAUGGGCGCUGGUCCUACAUCAGGAUGUGCAAGUUCUUAAGAUACUUCUUCUACAAGAACUUUGCUUUUACUCUGGUCCACAUCUGGUACUCCUUCUUCAAUGGCUUUUCUGCCCAGACAGCGUAUGAAGACUGGUUCAUCACGCUCUACAACGUGUUGUACUCCAGCCUCCCUGUGCUCCUCGUUGGAUUGCUCGACCAGGACGUCAGUGACAAGCUGAGCCUCCGCUUCCCCAGGCUCUACGUGCUGGGCCAGAAGGAUUUACUCUUCAACUACAAGAAGUUCUUCCUGAGUUUGCUUCAUGGAGCUAUCACCUCCUUGAUCAUCUUCUUCAUCCCGUACGGAGCCUACCUGAAAACUAUGGGGCAGGAUGGGGAAGCACCAUCAGAUUAUCAGUCCUUUGCUGUCACAGCAGCUUCUUCUCUCAUAUUUGUGGUCAACUUCCAGAUUGGUUUGGAUACGUCCUACUGGACCUUUGUGAAUGCUUUCUCGGUGUUUGGGAGUAUUGCACUUUACUUUGGCAUCACCUUUGACUUCCACAGUGCUGGAAUCCACGUUCUCUUCCCUUCUGGCUUUCAGUUCACUGGAACUGCUCCAAAUGCCCUGCGACAACCGUACCUGUGGCUCACCAUGAUUUUAUCCAUUGCUAUCUGCUUACUCCCCAUAGUGGCCCAGCGUUUCUUAGCCAUGACAAUUUGGCCUUCAGAAAGUGACAGA